UUAUGUAAUCGUUUUGAUUUUUUACUCUAAUGAAAUACUCUAGUGACUCUUUUGCAAGACAAAAUGUGCGAGAUAGAGAAAAAAAUUCGACGCCACAUGAUUGGCGUUCUGUAAAUAUUAAAACCAGCGCGAAUUAAAAUCGUUUUUUUGUCGCCAUAUUUUUUUUAUCGCUGAAAUCUUUAUGCAUUUACUAACUGAACUUUUUAUUGUUUUGAUUUUUGUUUUUUAAUCGUUUAAGAAUCCCAAAUUUUAAUUUUUUAUAAUUAAAUUUUUCCAUCUCCAUAUAUUAUUUAAUGACUAAUUUAGGCAUGAAUAAUAACAAUCAAGCGGCUUUAGACGCCCAACGCAAUGCGCUGCAAGAUGAGUUGAGGGAAUUUCUUGAUACGUGGAUAAAUCAGAACGAGAAUGCAGAUUGGGAUGUCAACCCGCUGUUGCGGAGAAUUGCCGAGUUGCUUGAGGAAUCUACUAAUGAAUUUAUGCAGAAUAAUCCAGAUCCAAUGGACGAUAGACAUCCCUUAAAGUCUCAACCUUCGCAUCCUCUUGGUCACCUGCUAAAGAUGAUUACUCGUGUUGAGAGUUUCCUUGUAAUUUCCUAUCUUAUUGCUCGGGAUAAUAUUGAGAGAAAUGUCUUUGCUGCUCGACUCAUUAUCAAUCUUCUUCCUGGAAUUGAUACGAAUGUAGUUCUAGCGGAUGCUGAUUCUCUUAUCACACAACUUUUUCGUUGGGCGGAACAUUCGGAGUAG